UGUCGCCACUGGCCCAGCCUCUUCGCCUCCCUGCGGGUCCAGCUGAAAUGAGAUUCCGAGGGACACCUUAGUGCAAGCUGUUCCCCGCCAGGAGCUCAGCACAGGGGCGGAGGCCGGCAGGAUGGCCAGCCAGCCCCCCGACGACACCGUGGAGUCGCAGGGCUCCGACGAGCUCGAGUGCAAGAUCUGCUACAGCCGGUACAACCUGAGGCAGAGGAAGCCCAAAGUGCUGGGCUGCUGCCACCGGGUGUGUGCCAAGUGCCUCUACAAGAUCAUCGACUUUGGGGACUCCCCGCAGGGCGUCAUCGUCUGCCCUUUCUGCAGGUUCGAGACGUGCCUGCCCGAUGACGAGGUCAGCAGCCUCCCCGACGACAACAACAUCCUUGUCAACUUGACUUGUGGCGGCAAAGGGAAGAAGUGCCUGCCGGAGAACCCCACCGAGCUGCUGCUGACCCCCAAGAGGCUGGCCUCCCUGGUCAGCCCUUCGCACACGGCCUCCAACUGCCUGGUGAUCACCAUCAUGGAGGUGCAGAGGGAAAGCGCCACGUCCCUGAGCGCCAGCCCCGUGGUGGAAUUCUACAGGCCUGCGAGUUUCGACUCUGUCACCACCGUGUCCCACAACUGGACCGUGUGGAACUGCACGUCCCUGCUGUUUCAGACGUCCAUCCGGGUGUUGGUGUGGUUGCUGGGCUUGCUCUACUUCAGCUCCCUGCCCUUAGGGAUCUACUUACUGGUGUCCAAGAAAGUCACCCUUGGGGUCGUCUUUGUCAGCCUGGUCCCUUCGAGCCUUGUCAUCCUCAUGGUGUACGGCUUUUGCCAGUGCGUUUGUCACGAGUUUCUAGACUGUAUGUCACUUCCCUCGUAAUCCAUAGGCAAAGCCAGCAGUGCACACGCUGCCCUGGGGGUCGUGGGGGUCGGGCACUUCAUGGUGUGUUUUCUUUCAUGUUCUUUAAGGUUUCUGUUCACGGCUGGAACAGCCUGGGUCCUAGGUCUGUGGCCUGUUCCCAUCCAGGUGUGGACUGGUGGGUGCUCCCGUGUGUGCGGUUGUCCACUUCUCCCGGGGGUUGGCCAGGCAGCUGUGUAGGCCCGGCCCUCGUGGAGCCCUGAGGGGUCCCCCAGGUCUUCCAGACACCCCCCAAGGUGAGGUGUGCUGGGCUGCCAGAGGCCCUGGUGGCCUGGUUCCUCCUGUCGAAGUCACAGAGGCUCUGCCGAGGUGUGUGGACACAUGUGCCCAGUGUGUGCCCCUCCUCCGUGCUCCCCGUGAAUCGAGGUGCUUUCUGUGUUGAGGUGGUGUCACCCAGGUCUGCUGCUCCCCUGAGGGGCCCUCCCUCCACACUGCCUGCCAGGAUGACGCUCCAUCUUACUCCCGUGGGUGGCUGGGCCGAAUGCCUGUUCUGCCACUUUCUAAAGAGAGUGCAGAGCACUGGGGAGUCCACCAGAGCAGCCUGCCUGGCAGAGGUGGCGUCUGCCCGAGACAGCACUGUCCCCAUGUUGGCUUUCCUCUCUCCCCAGGCUUCUCAGAGAGCAGCCCUGCUGGUGGACGCCUUCUUCCCAGAACACCUUAGUGUCAUCUGGGCUCCGGCCACGCUGAUCAGCCGGCCACCCCUCCCCUGAGCAGGUUUCCGUUUCACUUGUUCUCUUUGGUUUUGAAGAUGUUCUUUUCUUCCCAUUGUUUAAAAAGUCUGAUUAGGACUUGUUUAGCUCAAUCCCGGAACAAUUUGGGGUGAAUUUUGGCAACGAAAACCCAGAAGCAGUUAGGGAGAUGCCCUCGCUCACGGUGUGAAGCGCUAGCCCAAGAUGCGCUGUGCUGGGCCGAGUGGUGCUGUGUACAGUGGCUGGGGGUAGGUGCAGCGCUGUGCCUGCAAGUCUGGGCCACGCAGUGGGCAGAGACAGGCUGAGCUGGCGUCCUCCUGAAAAGACCCUCGGGGUAAAGUGGAAGCCAGGGGCAGCUGGACCUGGGCCCCUGCCGUGUCCGGUCAGUCUUGGAACAGAUUCAAGUUCUACGUUAAUUUCAGAUAGAAGCGGAAGCCCUGUGACUUGAGUCUGCACUCCUGACGGUGUAGGGGAAGUGAAUGGACACAGUGGUGAGAAGAAACGGUCCAGCAGGCUUCAGGGUCGGGAGAUAGAAUGUUCACAGAAACUAGGCAAAAAUAAAUAAAGGAGCUUUUUAGUGUCUUAAACCAUUAUCUAUGAUUGACAUUAAAACAUUUGCAACUCUUAGAAAAGGGCUUUACUAAGGCGACUUUAACUUGUCUAUGAUGAAAUAUUUGUGGCGUGAAAUAGUUACAGAGGGCCAUUUCCAAUCUCCUUACUCCUUAUUGAGGAAAAAGGGAUACUUACCUAGAAUAGCAGUUUGAUUUUCAUUAAGUAACUAUUAACUUUAAGAACCUGUGUGCCCGAGGUAGGUAGGAUGAGAAAGCCUAUGUGGAUGUGGCCCAGUGAAUUUAAACCCCAACGUACAACUAACUACACUGACGAUUCCAUAAAACCUAGCUUAGGUCGCAUUGUGAAUGCAGUUUCCAGGAAUCCAUUUGUACUUUGAGUAAAAUAAUGUUUAAGAGAUGUUUUGUGGUUUGGAUUUAUAUAUUUAUAAGGUUUUUAAGAAACACUCAUUUGUCUGAAGUGUAAAUGAGAAAACGGGUGAGUUACGCGAUGAGCUUUCCCGACAGAGCUGGACGUGGGGCCGCGCUUCGCUUAUUUGUAUGACGUCUGCAGUGCUGAAGUCGUGUCUGUGCCUCGUGGCCGUCUCCUCCCUUGGUUUCCAGUAAGCUGUUUGGUUUAAAGAGUUUUAAAUGUACAACAACAACAACAACAGGCUCUUCGUGCUGUUGAAUGGAGAAAGAGCAAUGCUUUCUAUUUUAUUCACUGUGAUGUCUUGUUUGUCUAUUAAAUUGUUAUUAUUUCAAACUGGAA